AUGUUUCGUUGCGCUCGAUGUGAUGCGGAAUUUAGAGACGGCGUCCAAUGCUCAUUGUGCCAAGGGCACUAUGACUUUCCGUGUGCCGGCAUCACUGAAGGUGGUUACCGAAAAUUGGGGGACCGAAAAAGCACCUGGAAAUGCUCGUCUUGCAAAUCUGCGGGGGUGGCCAGCUCUUCUACCACAACUUCAAGUACAGUAGCAGCAAAAUCGCCAACACCUACGAACAUGGAGAGUAUAGCCUUGGAACUAAAACGACUUUCUAUACAGAUGUCUUCACUACAGACGCUUGCUACCAACAUACAGGCUAUACAGGCCGAUAUUGCCGAAUUAAAAACAAUAAAGGCCUCCGUUGAAUAUGUACAAUGCUCUGUAGAAGCCUUGUCUAACCGCUGCACUGAGAUCAGUCAAGAGGUACAAAGCCUUCUCAAAACUAGAGAAGAACUUCAACAACUCCAACAACGGUUUUCUAAGCUGGAAGUCAGUAUAAAUGAAUAUGAACAGAGGUCUCGGAUCAACAAUAUCGAGAUUAAAGGUGUUCCAUCUACGCCUUCGGAGAAUUUGUUUGAAGUAGUUGGCAGGAUUGGAGACGUCAUUGGCUGUUCAAUCCCCAAAGAGCACAUAAAUUAUAUUGCGAGGAUUCCUACGCGCAACGACAAGGGCAAUAAGUCUAUAAUUGUCUCAGUACACAGCAGAUAUUUGAAAGAGGAUUUCGUUGCAGCAGCAAAGAAGCGGACUAUUGUGGCAGCUAACCUUGGACUCCACGGUGAAAGUCGUAUAUUUAUUAAUGACCAUCUUACCCUCCAGAAUAAAUUGCUUCUGAAUAAAGCAAAGAAUUUGGCUAAAGAGCGGGGUUUUGCCUUUGUAUGGGUGAGAGGAUGCAAGAUUUUCGCACGAAAAAACCCCACGGCACAUGUGAUCCGUGUCAUAUCAGAAUCAGAUUUAAAAAAAAUUAUUUAA